GGGAUAUAACGCAUGCGCAGAAUGAGCCCUCAGUAACCAUGUCUUCCACUGCGCGUACUGACCUGGGCCGGGCGCUGUGCAUCAUCACCGGGGCCUCCAGAGGCUUUGGUCAGGCCAUAGCGAGAGAGAUGUCUCGGUUGGUAAAGCCGGGGUCCGCGCUCGUCCUGACGGCCCGUUCCGUCGAAGAGCUGCGGGCCUUGCAGGCCGAGCUGGCCGAGUCUGAGGCAGGCCGAGCGGGGCUGGUGGUCGAGUGCGUGGUAGCAGAUCUGAGUGAGACGGACGGACUGGAGAGCAUCGUUGCAGCGUCCAAAGAGGCCUUCUCCGAGGACAUGGACCACCUGCUGCUGGUCAACAACGCUGCGUCGCUGGGGGACGUGUCUCGCUAUGCCAAAAGCUUCACAGACAUGGCUGAGGUGGACUCUUACUUGUCUCUAAACGUCAGCUCCUCCCUGUGCCUCACUGCCAGCGUCCUGCAGGCCUUCCCACGGCGUCCAGGUCAGCUCCGCACCGUGAUCAACAUCUCCUCACUGUGCGCUCUGCAGCCCUUCCGCUCCUGGGUGCUGUACUGCACCGGUAAGGCUGCCCGAGACAUGAUGUUCAGGGUGCUGGCCGAAGAGGAGCCGGACGUCCGGGUGCUCAGCUACGCCCCAGGGCCUCUGGACACCGCCAUGCAGACUUUGGCCAGAUCCACAACGGCUGAUCCCACCAUCAGGAAGUCCUUUUCAGACAUGUUUGCUCAGGGCCAGCUGCUCACUUGUGAGGCGUCUUGUUCCAAGCUGAUGAAGCUCCUCCUGGAAGACAACUACACAACAGGAGCUCACGUCGACAUCUUUGACCUGUAGACACCGCAUGACUGCCUACACAUUUAUGUCCUUAAUUUAUAUGCUAAUGUAUUUGAUUUAUAUCUACCACCUGCAUUACAGUUUGAAGUGGGUAGAUAGUAAACAUCAACAUUGUAGCCUUUUAUAUUGAAAUGGACCAAUAUGAUGCCUGCAUAUCCAAAUGAGGUUCAGCAAGUGCAACAUUCCAGAACUCCAGUUAGCUCUCUGCAGGAGAGCAGCGGCGUAGAUGACACCCUCUGUAAACGUUCAGGGGCUGAGUCAUCUCCAGCUCACACAGCAUGCGUCCUUGGACAUCACAUCUAUUCCUUUUUAUAUUUAAAGCGUUGUUAAUGAUAACCAAUACAAAUCAAAUCUCAUAAUUGAUAUACACUAAUAAAGAGUAAAUCAUUUUGAAGUUAAUACUGAUUGUCACCAUAAUACAAAUGCACAAGUAAACAAAAAGACAAGACAUUCUUUAAAGUAUAACAUUUUAUUAACUCAUAGUAACAUUGAUCAAGAUCAACCAUAUCUGUAACCGACACAAUUAUAAACCUAUCUAAACAAAUAAUUAACUGUGAUUGAACAAAGGAGCGUAAGGUGGGGGGGAUGCUAGGGAACUAAGGAGAAAUACUAAGGAGGGACAAAUGUGUCGUACCAACCUUGACACUAGGGGGGCGAGUUAGAGCAAGGAUGGCAGUGGUAUUCAACCACAGAGGGAGAGAAAAAGUUGGAGCUGCAAUGGCAACGCUAUCAGUUACCACACUCUAGGGGGAAGAAGGAGGUGGAGUACUUUGAUGUAGAUGCCGAAGCGAGAGUAUUCUCAGGAGCACGUCCUCUUUGGGGAGUCCAUCAUGUUUCUACGGGAGCCCAGACCAGACAAACCGAACAGCGAGACUUAGACCGUGUCCCUUUACCUGAAGGGAGGGGAAGGAGUCAAAGGCUGAAACUGCACUAGAUGUGAUCACAUCCUAAACACUGCUGCUCACAUCUGUUCACAAGGGUGGAAGAGGAGACAAAUAGUCCAUCUUUGUCAUAACGGUGUCCAUCAGUUGACGUUGCCUUUUCCACUAUUAUUUUGAUUCAUAGCUGCUGUCUUUCAGCUCUAAUCUGUUUUGAAAUCGUAAUUCUGUUUAUUAAAUAAAUGCAAUAUUUUUUUA